AUGAAGACCCCAGAGGCCCCGCUAGCUUCGAGUGAUUGCACUGGCAGGGACAAGGGGGCGGACACUUCAGCCUCCACGCGGCCCAGAGAAGGAGAUUUCUCCCGCGAGGAGCCCGGCAUUUCUGCUACCCGAAGCCAAAGAAGUUCUUCAGGCAAAUCUGACAGCAGCGCAUUGUGGAAGGGGCGGAUACUAGGGGCCGAGACUCUGAGAGGACUAUUCCCCUCGAUGGCGGCCCUGUCGACACCAAUUCAAAAUCGGGAGACUAACCGACGGCAAGAGGACGAAAAGAGACUCCAGACGGUAUCGCCGGCCCACGACAGAGGCAAAAAAGACACAAGCAAAUGGGGAUGGGCGACGUGGUUUUAG